ACACACAUUGAAUAUAUUAGCGACCUUCGGUAGAGUGGAAGGAAGGGAGGCGUUGUAAUGCUAGCCAGGGUGCUUCCUUAUCAUCGGAGUUAAAGAUCGUACAGGCGAUUUUGGUAGACAAAUAAUUCGCCGUUUGUACAUUUUUUAUUUUUUAUUUUGCAUUCGUUUCAUUUACUCGUUUGUACCGGGGAUUUUGCACACCGCACAUUUCCAUGCAGUACGGUGUUUCGAAGUUUAUCUGGUUUGGGCGUCUAUUAAAAAACGAGUUGUUGUUUUUUUGCUGGUUUCUUUUUUUGCACUUUGCAUGGGAGACAGAUUUUGUCUAAACAUGCUGAAAAAGAGCCAACAAUGAAGGCGGAAUUACUUCCAAUUGCAACAUGGCUGCUGCUGCUGCUUCCCAGACGUCUAUGGGAGAAGUUUAGUCCCUGACGCAGAAGUUGUUUUCUUCAAGGUUUGUCUUUUCCCCCACCAAAGCUCAGGACUUGUCCAUCAAUCUUGUCUUUUGCUUUUGGGUUGAAGGAGAUAAAACUGCGCAGUGAAAGAGACAAGGGCGCCUCGGAUACUCCUGUAUCCAAUCUCUGAUCACAGGACUUCACUCGGAUGUACAGAUCUGUUACUUUGUAACAUCUGGUCCUUGAUCUCCAAAUCCAGUCUUAUUCCAUUUCAUCUCAUCUCUCAAUCUUUGUUGAAGAAGACAAAACAAACAAAAAAAAACAAUGCAUUUUUCUAUUCCUGAGACCGAGGUGCGAUCUGGUGAAAAUGGAUCUACAUAUGUGGCCUACAACAUCCACGUCAAUGGGGUCCUGCACUGCCGCGUGCGCUACAGCCAGCUCUUAGGCUUGCAUGAACAGAUUAAGAAAGAGUAUGGAAACAAUGUGGUACCGGCGUUCCCUCCAAAGAAGAUCUUCACCCUCACACCUGCAGAGGUGGAGCAGCGUAGGGAGCAGCUGGAGAAGUACAUGCAAGCUGUGCGUCAGGAUCCUCUGCUGGGAGCUAGCGAAAUGUUCAACAGCUUUUUAAGAAAAGCUCAGCAGGAGACACAACAGAUCCCCACUGAAGAGGUCCAGCUGGAAGUACACUUAUCCAACAGCCAGAAGGUCAAAGUCAACGUUUUGACGUCAGACCAGACUGAAGAUGUCCUUGAGGCAGUCGCAUCGAAACUGGAGCUGCCAGAUGAUUUGGUGGGUUAUUUCAGUCUCUUUCUUGUUCAGGAAGGAGCAAACGGAGGGUAUACAUUCGUGAGAAAGCUGCAGGAGUUUGAGCUGCCCUACGUGUCGGUCACCAGCCUGCGCAAUCCCGAGUACCACAUCGUCCUCCGCAAAAGUUACUGGGACUCUGCAUAUGACAGUGAUGUAAUGGAGGAUAGUGUGGGUCUUAGCCUGAUAUACGCUCAGACGGUGUCGGACAUUGAGCGAGGCUGGAUUCUUGCCAACAAAGACCAGCACAGACAGUUGAAAUCCCUGCAGGAGAAAGGCUCAAAGAAAGAGUUCAUCAGAUUGGCUCAAACCCUGAAGUAUUUUGGUUACAUCAAGUUUGAUCCCUGCAUCACGGAUUUUCCCGAGAAAGGUUGCCACGUUAUCGUCAGCGCCGGCAACAACGAGCUCAACUUCCAUGUCAAACUACCCAACAACCAGAUGAAGGAGGGAAGCUUCAAAGUCACACGUAUGAGAUGCUGGCGAGUCACGUCAUCACAAGUCCCCGUGGCCAACGGCACCGCUAAUCCCUGCACCUCUGGCAAGUGUGAGGUCAAACUGGAGCUGGCCUUUGAGUACCUGAUGAGCAAAGACCGACUGCAGUGGGUCACCAUCACGAGUCCACAGGCGAUCAUGAUGAGCAUCUGUCUCCAGUCCAUGGUGGAUGAACUGAUGGUGAAGAAGUCUGGAGGAAGCAUUAAGAAAAUGCAGAAGAAGCGUCUAAACGGAUCCAUCCAUCGAUCCAACAGCCAGCAAGCUGUGAAAUCUCCUCCAUUACUGGAUUCUCCAGAUGCAAAUCGCGAACAAGUAGUCAAGCUUUCGACCAAGCUGAGCUCAGUCUCCCUACGUGGGAUCAGCGCAUCAAACUCGGCUAACGAUCUCAGCGGCAGCGAUUUUCACGGAAACUAUGCCUUCGAGGGCAUCGGGGACGAUGACCUGUAAUGCUCCUUUCAGACUGAAGUACAAAACAGCUGAGCCAAGCCAGGCAGCUUCAGGCGGAGGUCGCCGCGUCUGAUUCUGCAAGAUUCUAACACUCUGUUGUCCCGUAGCAUUUCUUCAGUAGUCCGAAACAAAUCACAAAUUACGAAGGGUAAGGGUCUUGCAUGUAAUGAGGUGCCAACUUCAAUAGGUGAAACACAAGCCCAAUGCAUUAACAAAUAAGCAAAAUGUUGAUUGAAGAAAAACCUUGAACAUGCACUGAUGCAUUAAAUAUCAUGAUUCUGAUUAAAAAUCCGCGUAUCUGCCAGGACCUGAUUGGAAUCCCAGUCUGCCAUCAUCUUAGUAAGCGGGUGGCUCGGUCGCCCAGAUCUGUCUCGUAUCAAUCCACAUGACAGGCAUUCAUGGCAGUAGAAAUGUCUGUGUGUGUGUGUAAGUCUGGGACUGCAAAUCUAAUCCGAAUUCAUAUCAUAUCACAUCUUCACAAAAAGUUAAAAUCAUUCAUACAUUAAAAAAAAUGUAAAAAGAACAAAAAAAGAAAUCUAUAUUUAGUAUUGUAACUGUUGCACCCUUUGAGCAAACAUGGAGAUGCAUCAUUUCCUGCAUCCAGUCCAUGCAACGUUAAGCUGCUUCUGAUGUUAACCUCUACUGAAUAGUACUUCCUUUUUUCGAGACUCAAAGCUGUGCUUUCUCAUCCUUUAUGCUGUAACCAAUGAUUACGCGUUAGAUGAGCUUCAUGCUGUCUUGAGCUGACGUCUACGAUGAAAGUAGAUCUGAGAACACUGAUCUGAACAAGGACAAACGUGCUAAAGUCAGCUGUCUAAAACUGCACGUGCAGAUUCUGAAAGUCUGUACUUUAUCGGUUAAAGAGUUCAGAAGGAAUCGCUGCCUUCCUGCGCAGCGUGCCAAUCCUUGCCGUUUUUAUAUACCUUUGUUUCGCCUGCUGUUAUCUAACAGAGCUUUUCAACGCCUCUCGAACUCAUCACAGCUUCGUAAGUAGUGAAUAGAAACUGUUAUACAGGUUCUGAACAGAAACCUCAUCCUAAUUAGUUCAUCACACAAAGAGCCUUUUUUUUUUUUUUUUAACUUCUUCCCCCGCCAGCUCUUUGCCUUACAGUAAUUUAACCGUCUUACAUUUCAAGCUUUUCAGUUUUAAACUCGUUUCAGUGUUGGGUCGUCGUUAAUGUAAGCUCUGAAAAAUCUUGCAGAAUUUAGAAAGAGUUCUGUUGGUGUCAGGCAGAACCGCUUACACAAGCUGAACUCAUGAUUUUGCACAAUAUUAUCCAGACAGAUGGCGUGAUUCAUCAUGGAAAACAUUCUGAACCAUAUGUGCAUGGUGUUGAAGUUUUUUUUUUUUUUGUAUUAUUAUUAUUAUUUUUUUUAUCUUGGCUUUCCAACCAAUAUUUUGUUCAAGGUUUCUCAUAAAUGCCAAAAUUCUAGUUUACUAAAGCAUUUUGCACAAAAGAAACAUAAAAAAAAAUCAAGGUAGUCACUUUUAUAAAUGUACAUGCAAAUAAAAAGUAUUCUGAAGUAUUCGUUUUACUAAUAUAUGUAUUCUCAUUAGUAUGUUGUAAUCAAAUGCAGUAGAUCAACUAUAUCUAAGCUGCGUUAAAAAAAAAUAAUGAAAUAAAAAAACAGAACAUACUGCUGUUUACAGUAGAAAAUUGAGAGUAGAAUUUAAAAGAACAGUGUUUACAAAUUCCACAUCAGAAUUCCAAUUGUAUUUUUUACUUAUUACAUAUUCCAUAUUUUAAGAACCAUAGACUAUUUUGUGCUUUAUAAAAUACAUCGUAGCAAUCAUCUCAGAGGACCAGGUGGGAGGGGGAAAAAAGCUGCAUUUCAUAUUUCACGCUGGUGGAUUUUCAUAAAGUCUCUGCAUGACAACUUUCCAAUUGAGCAACUGCAAAGACAUCAGUGCGAGUUGUGUUUACUCAGUACAGCAGGAACAAAACCGAUCCGAGGUUUGUUGUUGAAGAUAAUUGAGAUUUCGUCUGGGACUUAAUGAUGAUUAUUAUUACUAUCAAGGAACUCAUUCUCAUCUUGAUCAACUGUAAAGAUUGAAUGUGUUUUCUGAUUAUAUGUGAGUGUCAACUUCAUUAUGUUCACCAGCAUAUCUACAAGGGGUUAUGGUAUAUAUUCAUAAUGUCACACAGAGCCUAGCAGUUCUUUAAAAAUAAAUAAAUAAAAGCAAUGUCAUGGAUUUCAAUAAAUGUAGGUGCCAAAUCUCUGCA